AGUUCACCACCUUUUCUGAGUAUAAAAACCCCGUCCACUUAUUCACGUUUCAGCACCAGAUAAGAAACCAAGCAGUUAAACGGAAUAAUUAUUCUCUCUCCAACAUGAAGAUCAUCUUCCUUACUGUUCUGUUCGCCGUCGUUUCUGCUAUGCCCACCGAUCAGACCGAUGACAAAUAUGUCAAGUUAGAAUCAGCCCCAGCACCUGUGUACAAGACUCCGGCUCCAGCUGCAGCACCUGCAUACAAGGCUCCGGCUCCGGCCCCAGCAUCUACUGGAUACGUUGCUCCCGUCAAAGAAGUAUACGUCCCUCAACCCUAUAGCUUCUCGUACAAUGUGGUGGACGAUGAAACCUACAACGAUUUCGAUCACUCUGAAAAAACGGACGGCAAAGUGACCACCGGAUCUUACCGGGUCGAACUUCCGGACGGCCGUACUCAGAUCGUUACGUACAGGGCUGACGAAAAUGGCUACACGGCCAACGUCAAGUACGAAGGAGUAGCUCAGUAUCCUGAGUACGUCGAAACUAAGAAAUACUAAACCGUGUUUAUUUUUUACAUCUUUACAGCACAAAAUACAUUAGAUUAUAUGUACUGUUAUCAUCGUUCACGACGUGCCGGUGUGUUCUGACCGUCGGUGCUGCCAAAUAAAUUUGUUUUUAAAAUUU